UUCUCUUGCCACUUCCGCUGCUACCAUGAACACCGCCGCCACCGUAACUGCUGCCGUGGCUAUCGUCACCAUAGGAAUGACCGCUGAUGCAACCAACAUGACCGCCGGUGCCACCAACAUGACCGCCGGUGCCACCAACAUGACCGCCGGUGCCACCAACUCGUCUUCUUGUCUCAAAGUUUGCGACAUGAUAUACUUUCCGCGCCUGAGUCUAGACGACACCACGAGACCCUACACGAUCCACGGGCCCAUGUAUGAAGUACUGAAAAUAUUAACAAGUAAACUCAAUACGUGCUUCGAGUGGGUGUUCCCAGACUUAGUCACUGCAGGAUUCCAGCAGCCUAAUGGUACUUGGCUAGGCGUUAUAAGCUAUCUUAUCCGCCAGGAGUGUGAUAUAUCGGGUUCUUCAUUUCCUAUGAAUCAUCUGCGAUUUCACACUGUCGACUUCAGUAUACCGAUAUUCAUGGAGUCUUCUGUGAUUGCAUACCAGAGUCCAGUAAUUGGAGCAGAUCUCGCUGGUUUUGUGAAACCUUUUACAACUUUUAUAUGGCUCCUCAUCCUAGCAUCAAUGGUUGCGGUCGUGGUGGGGAUUUUCUUCAUUGAAUGGGGUGAGAGCUUCCUCCUCCGUCCACAACAAAGUGAUGGCUGGGAGUCGUAUGGGAGUGUGGGUCCUCUCACCGUGGCCUGGACCUCCUGCCUCUGGACGUUGGGCGCUGCUGUUGCUCAGUCGUCAACUUGGUCGCCACAGAGGGACUCUGUCCGACUUCUUUCUGGCCUGUGGCUGCUGAUAUCAGUCAUCUUAAGCCUAGUUUACCGCUGUAACCUGAAGGCGAUGCUCAUCAUGCCCAAGGUUCAAGUCCCCUUCAACAGCCUCGAGGAGUUGAUGGAGACGGACAUCCACGUGGUUUUACCUAAAGGGACGCUGAUUCAUGAGUUUGUAACGGUCGCUCCACCCGGCUCCUUGCUCCACCAAGUCAAUGAGCGUAUCGUACUUCACACUAGUCCACCUCGCGCGAUGAAGGAAGGCAGCGCUGGAUUAUACGCUGUCAUUGCCACUGAUUAUGUACUGCAAUCUCUUUUUCACGAUUUAUUCUCAAUGACAAAUUCCUGUCCCAUGUAUAUUGCGUCUGAGCCUGUCUUCACCGGGGUCCCCUCUGGCUUAGCAUUCACCAAGGGCUCGCCUCUCAAACACGCGGUAGACCCCAUUCUAAGAAGACUUCUGGAAUUUGGUAUCGUCCAGCAUUUGUAUGAUGCUGCAACACGUAAUGGAACCGUUUGUUUUAAGCCUGAGUCCUUCACCAGACCCAAAAACAGCCUUCGGCCACUGGAACUGGAGGACUUUUAUGGCGUCUUCGCUGUUUAUGCCGGAGAACCGGCAACUAAGGAUUCGUAAAUGUUGUUUAACAUAUUGGAGGAGAUGAGGAGUUUUGAUCUUAGAGGUAAAAGGUUGAGAAAUAGUAGUUAUACAUUAAAUAUUUUAACCAUACAAAAACCCACAUCUCCCUUGAAACCAAAUUACUUAUUCUGUGAAAUAUUUAUAUUGAUCAUUAUAUCUCCUAUCUCUCAAUCCUAACUUUAAUAAAACCUUUAAGUCAAAGUUCACAUUGUCAGAGAGUAACUGAUAGUCGUCAUCGGCCGUGGACCACCAACUAAAUACCUGUAGGGCAUAAAAAGUGAUUUUGUGACCCCAACUAGAAAUUUAAUAAAUCAACCAAGGUACUAUUUUCAUGGCUGAGGAUUAUGACCAUUGCUCUCCACUCUAAAUGUCUUGGGGCUGUAUUCCUCAAUUCACCCAGAUUUUAUUUAUUUUUUCCUGCCGGACUCCAGUAUUUAAUAACAUUCAUUUGUCCCAGUCUUUGGUAUCUACUAGCUCUCGUUCAUUUUGUGUUCCCUUAAUUUGUUUUUCUGUCAAUACAUUUAUGAACAUCCUCCUGUACAAGUAUACUAUGGGAAAUCCUCGAGUCUUUUGGUCACUAAAAAUAAAUACUUUUCUGUCCCAUACAAAAAAAAAGAACUGAGUUUUGCUUUAAUGUGCUUUGUCAUCUUCACAAAUACAAAGAAUCUUAUGUUAGUUCCCAAAUAGACAAAAUUUAAUGUACGCUACAAUCCCUGUUGCCUCUCAUAAUGUGUAUUUUAUUGUUUACUUUUAAUGUGGGAAGUUUGGUGUAUGCUCGCGUGAGAUGGACUUGUUUAGAUAUGGGUACUGUACAUUAGGGUUGCUGGGGGUACUAGAUCAGUGGGGCCAGCAGGGAACUUCCUUAUGCUCCUUUUUAUAGAAAAUGUAUUUAAGUGUUAUCCUCAGCAGAUAAUAAUGUAAGUGUGGUAGAAGAGACCAGAGGUAAGGACAGAUAGAAACUUGUUGGGGUGUUUAGUCAGUUGAGACUAAAUUAGUUCCAGGAAGGUUGGGUCAGUAAAAUAAAGUAUCGCGACUCAUGCUGUACUCUAUCUUCUGGAACACAGAAUGAAAUAUUUUGACAUAUAUCCUGGGUAUGAUGAUGUCAUUUAGUGGUCUUCCUUGGAUGUUUCGUUUCUGUGUCGACCUUCCAUUUCUGUUGGAUGAUUUUUAUAUAAUGAAUUGGCUGCAACACUUAUAUACCACUUCGGUUUUGAUUGUACAAUAAAAGAGUCGAAUCCAAGUCGAAUUCCUUAAAUCGAGACCACCAGUCAUGCUUCGAGAUCAUCUAACUAAAAGAAAAUACAUAUUGAUAUCCGUAAGAAAAAGUCUUUGAAUUAAAUUGUCAUAACCAAAGGGUAAAGGAGAAAUACAACAUAAUCUCUGUAUUGUUUAAUUCAACAUUUGCUACAUGUUGGUUUCCUCCCAUUCAUACUGUACAUAUUAUUUAGGAUAUGAAACUAUUUCGUUCAAGUCACAAACAAUCAUUCAAGUCACAAACAAUCAUUCCCACUGCAUACCACAAACAACACCCAACUCAUUCACCAGUAAAGUAACACUGAGCACCUGACCGUUCAUUUCAGUGCAAAUAUUAGGUUUAGUAUUGUUUUAGUACUUUAGUCUAAAUCACAGAACAAGGAACGAUAAAGGAUAUGAUCUCUUUAGACAGUACUUGCCCCUUCCAAUUUCCACCGGAUCUUAGGCUCGUGAUACCCUUGGGCUUGGUACAAAUACCUCAACUGGAGAAUAUGAGAGAGAAAAACCUGGACUAUACACAUGAAGCUUCUAAACCUAUAUAUUGGUUUGAAGAACAAGGAAAAUCUGAGUCGUAGCAAGAAUAACCACAAUAGUACCUCUGGCCGCUAAUAUACAUAUCUCAGUGUAGGAUAAAAAGCAUUAGUAAUGAGCAUAUAUUUACACUUUUAUUAUGAAUUUUGAUUAUUAUGGGUAAUAAAUGAUGUGUGAUGGAGGGACGGACUAUAGAAGGACAAUCUCAAUAUUCCCAUAGAAUGUGUUAAAGCCAUGACCAAGAUAUGACAAAGAGGAAAUGUAGCAUUAUUGGUGUUAACAAUAUUCUAGAAUGUCCUUGAUCCAGUGAUCGUGUGCAUAGAGCAAUGUUUUGUGUGUUGUGCUGUUAAUAUGUAUGUUGUGUGUAAAUUGUUACUAAGAUUUGUACUUUUCCUCUUUCUUGUACUACAGUCCACAUACAAUGUUAUUGUCAGUAAUAUGAGUGUCUAAUAAACCUGUCUGAAGCCAUAAUUAUCUUGAAUAAUUAUAUAUUCUUAAUAUCAUCGCAGGUCGUUCUAAGCACAAAUUCUGUUUUACUUUUAUUACAAAGAAUUACAUUAUGACUUAUUCUACCUAUCGAUGAACACUGCAAACAAGUUUAUAUACAGAUAAAAUUUAUCAUGAUAAAUAAAUUGUCAGUUCAGGCCACGUGUGGACAGCCUUUAGGAUACCAUUAAGAUACAUAAGUUAUGAAGCUGGACAAUAUUUCAUAACUAAGAAGUGAU